GCUAUACGUAUAUGGCUCUUUUAGCUACAGUUUAUGAUUUGUGCAGAUAUAAGUACAUUUAUUCUUUCUUGAUUACAAAGAGUUAUAGGGUUCGUUGGUUUUUGUCUUUGCAAAUUUCUAGGGUUUUUUUGUUUCCAAGGAUGGCGAGCUUGGGUCCGAACGAUGAGGCUGUUUCCUUGGAGCUCCCUGCACCUUCGGGCUGGAAGAAGAUGUGUUUGCUAAAGAAAGGAGGGACACCAAGGAAGAACGAAACCGUGUUCACUGCACCAACAGGAGAAGAGAUCACAAACAGGAAGCAGCUGGAGCAGUACCUGAAAUCACACCCUGGUGGGCCCAAGAUCUCUGAGUUCGAUUGGGGAAGCGGCGAGACACCACGCAGAUCUUCAAGAAUCAGCGAGAAGGUAAAGUCGACCCCACCACCAGCUGAAAAUGAGCCCGUGAAGAAGCGGCCCAGAAAGUCAUCAUCUUCAAAGAAAGACAAGAAAGAGAAUGAAGAUGCCCCUGAAGAAAAAGAUGUCGAGAUGCAGGAAGCAGAAAAGGCUGAGAAAGAUGAUGAAAAGCCCAAAGAAGAGGCAGAUGGGAAGAGCGAAAUCCCAGAAGUGCCCCCAACAGAGGAAGUAGCCAAGCCUGUAAAUGAGGUCAACGAUGAAAAGGGUGUGUCAGAAAAUGCUGAAAGUAAGAAUGUCAAUGAAGAAGUGUGUGAAAUCUCAGAAGUACCCCUGCCAGAUAAGCAGGAGGAAGAAGGUGAGCCUGGAAAAGAGGUGAUUAAAGAAGUGUGUGAAAUCACACAAGUGCCCUCAUCAGAGGAAGUAGCUAACCCAGAAGAAGCGGGGGAGUCAAAAGCUGCAGAAACUAAGCAUGAGGAAGGUGAGGCUGUCAACGAAGAAGCGUGUGAAAACCAAGAACUGCCCCCAAUUGAGGAAGUAGCCAAGCCUGCAAAAGAGGUCAAUGAAGAAGUGCUUGAAAACCCACUAACACCCCCACCAGAGGAAGUUACCAAGGUAGUCGAUGAAACAGCAAUUGACGAUUCUGUCCCCGUGACCAAAGUGGAAGCAGGAGGAGCCACAGCAGCUGAGAAUGGUUGUCCGGUGGUGGAGGUCAGUGAGGCCCAGCCUUCCUGGGAGGAGAUAAAGAUAGAGUAACAAGUGUUGGUGCUGCCUAUUCUCUCAGUUAGCAUCGUCUGUUUCUGGUGAAUCUUAUUGCUGACGAACAUUUCUGUAAUCUGUAACUCUGUCAUAGCAUUAGGAGUCUUGAAAACUUAACUUUAGCAACAUCAAAGGGACACAAAAGGACAUUUGUUGUCGUAAACCUGUCGUGAAACCGGCAUCUUGUUGUGGCCUUUGUUGUGUCUAUAGGAAAUUGUAGGUUACACAGGUCAUGCUCAUGCCUGUAUCAUUAUUAAUUAUGUAAUACUUAACUCUUUUAUCAGCCUUUAACUCUCA